AUGGAGUCGGGCCCAGCUGCCAAUUCAGUGCUUGUCAGCCCUUUGGCAGUUGAUGAUGUCUUUCGUCAUCGGACCGUCCCUGAGGUGCAGGAGCUGCUCCGGCAGCUCCAGUUGCAACAGGCGAACGAUGUGGAGGAAUUGCGUUCCCUUAUAGGCGUUCGUUACCUUUCUUUUCUCGAGGGUCUACCGGAGAUUACCCGCAUGCAGCAGUCGGCUGAAGAUGCUUUAGAGGAUGCCAGAGCCUUCGGUACGGGACUACGGCGCCUUGCAAACGCUUUAGGCAACGCUGUUUCUGAAGUUGGGGAGCAGCAAUCUCGUGAGCACCAGCAGUUGUGUUUGGAGGAAGAGCUACCCCUACAGAACAGCACUCCGCUAGAUGACUUUCUCUUCUCCUGUGAAGUGGAUGCCUCUACGCCUGCCGUUUAUUUUCCUCCCCGUAAGGGUCAUAGGGCUGAACCAGCUCCCAGAUUUCGGGUUUACCCCUGCUUGUCGGAGAGGCAUGCCGCGCUGCAAGGACAAGCAGAACCACUCCGAUAUUUGCAACAGCAGCUCUUAGUGCUGCCCUCUCGAGUUUGGGAGGCUGCUAGGUGCCAAAAGUUCCUCGAAGCACUCCGCCUCAUCCACAUCGAGGGGACACGGCAGGCGGCAGCCGCAAGGGCUGCAGUUCGUGAACUUCAGCAGCAGCACCAGCAGGGGCUAAAACCGGCCCAGCAAAACAUAGAACGGCUGAUUUCAGGCUGCUUGGCUUUAGCCCAGCAGCUUAUAGAAAAGCUUAAAGGGCGCGGGACUCGGUGGCAGCUGCCCACAGGUCCGCUGUUUUGGGUUGGCGGAGCUCCUCCUAGCCAUUCCGACAUAUCCAGCACAUCUUCGCAUGAUUGGGUACCUUGUGACAAGCCUCUCUGUAACGCCACUUUGGAACUGCUUGAUGCCCUUGGGAAGUCUUGCAGCAACACUUGUAUUUGCAUGUCCGAGAGACGUGUGAGGGAGUUGCCGCUCCUCAGCUGUCGCACGCUGAACGACGGAAUGUCUGGGGCAUCUACGCCGCUGAAAGCUGAGGAUGAGCGUUCUCAAAAUGCCUUCGAGGAAGAUCUUCGGCGUCACUUGGUAGACAUCGCUUAUUUGUUUGGCAGGGUGGAAGACCCACAGGAACUCCGAGCUGCUUUACCACUCCGCGCUGCCAUCGCUGCCUCCUUUCUGCAGUCUUUGUCGGAAUGCACGACUCCCUUGGUAGGGAGAGCGAGCGCCACUGUGGCAACGGCUGUUGAUGCGCAGCCAAGCGACGGGUGCACACGAGAUAAAGACGCUUAUGCAGCUCUUGUCCUCGAUGCUCGAAGGGUUGAGUGGCUUUUUGUUGCUUAUCGCGAGGCAGAAACCCUUCCGAAGCACGACAACAGCGUCGUUUCAACUGAGGUGGCGAGCGUCCCGGAGCAAGCGCGGGAGGACUCGGGGGAAGCUGACUGUCGGCGGAAAUUUGCCUCUUUCCUUGCCGAAUGGAUUUCUUGGGAUUCACAGCGCCAAGAUAUUUCAGAAGUACACCUCGUACAACCAAGCAAUGGAGACAGGGCAGAGGGCGGGAACAACGCCGAGACUGCCCAAGUUGUUGCCACCGCCAGGGCUGCCGCACAGUCUCUCCUUCCUAACCUCUGCUGUUCAUCAUUCGUUGGCUACGCCGUUGGGUUUUGGCCUUUCGUGAGGACGAAGGUGGAAGAGUUGCAGAAAUCAUGGCAGUGGCAUAAAACAGCAUCGGCUACUCCGGCUGCUGAAGCCGGAGUAUCUACUAUAGACAUAUCCGGUGGUGCUAUGUCAUUCUUACUGGAGCUCAGCCGACACCUAAUAGCGGUUUCACGGAGCCUAAAGUGA